AUGAUAGUAUCGGUGAUCUCAAAGAUAAAGACAAGAAUUCUUCUCUUCUUUCUUCUUUACCUUUUGUUAUCUUUCAACAACUUCCACAUCUGUUUCUUCUCUCGGAAGUACAACGAUCCUUAUUGUAUCACGGCCGGUUCUAAACCUGGUUUUCAAAUAAGUUCUGAACAAAAUGAAUCUUUCACCGGAGAUAGAGUUUCCGGUGAUCACACGAAGAUUCUUCGCAGUGGAGAUACAAAGGGGUAUGAUGAUCUUCUUGAACAAGAAGACAAACCCAAGAAUAUUGGUCUAGUUUCUGAUCAAGAAGACAAACCCAAGAACAAGGCUGGCCUCUAUUCACUCAUUGACCUAAAAGCCGAGGAAGAAUACAGCAAAUACAUCAAACCUAAGAGUGAAGGAGAGAGAUAUGCGUUAAGGGCAGCCGUCAAGUAUCUUUACCUACAGAGAUCAUGGCUAGCUCCUGGAGAUGAAAACAUCAAUAAAACGCUGUCGUGUGAAGUAGUCCCAAACGCCGUGUUUUCGUGUAGUGGGUUUAGAACACACAUGUAUUCUCUUCAGCCUAUCUUACACUCUAGGGUUUUGAAGCAUCCUUGUAGGGUUUACAACGAAACCCAAGCUAAGCUCUUUUAUGUUCCAUACUAUGGCGGUUACGAUGUUUUGAGAUGGCAUUAUAGGAAUGUUUCUGACGAUGUUAAAGAUCGGUUGGGGAUCGAGGCUUUAAAAUGGCUUGAAUCAAAGGAAUCAUGGAGGAGAAACGCUGGUAAAGAUCAUGUGUUUGUUCUAGGAAAAAUUACUUGGGAUUUUAGGAGAGAUAAGGUCCCUUGGGGCUCAAAGUUCCUUGAGCUACAAGAAAUGCAAAACCCUACCAAGCUACUCAUCGAAAGACAACCAUGGCAGGUCAACGACAUCGCCAUUCCUCACCCGACCUAUUUCCAUCCGCAAACAGAUGACGAUAUCAUCAGCUGGCAGAUCAAGAUCGCAAGUAAACCUCGCCGGAAUCUAGUAAGCUUCGCAGGAGGUGCAAGACCUGGUAACCCGGAUAACAUCCGAUCAACUCUAAUCGAGCAAUGCGUGUCUUCAAGUUCCAACCAAUGUUGGUUCUUGAACUGUACAAACCGAAGCUGCAUGAAUCCGAAGAAUGUUCUUGAUUUGUUUCAAGAUUCGGAGUUUUGUCUGCAGCCGCCUGGAGAUAGCGCAACUAGGAGAUCGGUGUUCGACUCACUAAUCUCCGGUUGCAUUCCGGUGGUUUUUACUCCGUACACGGCUUAUUACCAGUACGCGUGGCAUCUUCCUGAGGAUCAUCGGAGAUACUCAGUGUAUAUAAGCGAACAAGAUGUGAAGGAAAAGAGAGUACAUGUGGUGGAGAUAGUGAAGGCAAAAACUCUAAGUGAGAAAGAGGAAAUGAGAAGUUACAUUGUUCAUCAGCUUUUGCCUGGUUUGGUCUAUGGAGACUCUAACGCUAAGAUUAAAAAGUUCCGAGAUGCUUUUGAUAUUACUUUUGAUAGUUUACUUGAAAAAAUCAAACAAUCAAAAUAAAUGUGUGCACAAUACAUACAAUUGAAUAAGCAAUGGUGAAUCGUUCGAUCAUCAUCUGAUCUGAAUCCA